CGAGUGCAAACGCGACCUGGGGAUAACAAUUAUGAAGAUGAGAAUCUUGUUUUGUCGGUACUGCUUAGGUUAAAUUUUCUGCAACUUUCAGUAGAUUGCAUCAUCAGUUACUAUAAAAAGAAGAACAAGCCGCACGGCAGAGUAUUUUGAUGCAAACCUACUACCUAGUUAUCCAGGUCAUUGUUCAAUGGAAUAAGUUAACAGCUGGCUAGCUACCUACUACUAGGCCUAUCGCAUGAGUGAGAUGUAAUCUUCGCAGCGUCGGCUGUACUCAUCCUGCAUACGUGGUUUCAAGGUUGCCCUCUCGACAGCAGCCUAGGCCGGAGCCUAGCCUAGCUAGCUAGGUUUACUCUUUAAUGAAGUAAUACUUUUAUUAGCAGAAAAAAUACACGAAAUUUGUUUAGUGUGUACGUAAAAUUUCAUUGUUAACUGUUGACAAUUGGUUGCUAACAAAUUAUUAAGCAGAACAAAACAGGAGCCUGAAUUGAAUGAAGUUGAACCAUGAUUUAACUCAGACUGAAUUGACGUUUGUGUGAUUAAAGACUGACUAUUUAAGUCUAUGGGAGUGCAUCGCCAACUGAGGUUGUUUCGGACGAUAUAUUUUACAAUAUUUUGCUUCAAAUGUAGGACGUUCUAAAGCAAUUCUGAAUAGGUGAUUAUUAUAGAACUAAGGCCUAUCAAUAUCAUUACAUUGUUAAUUCUUCUACUAUUCUACAUCAAGCAUUUUUCAUCAACAAGCAGCUGAUUUAAAUUAUAAAUAUCCUAGGCCCCACCUGUUCUACAUUCAAAAUGUGUGCAGCAAUUGUAACUAACUUUAUGCCAGACUCGAUGAGUCCAGAACUUCUGCAGUCCCCAACAACUCCAGACAUGCCCGAGAAGGCGGCUAGCCUCUUUGCUCCUGAUGACGCUGAUCUUGUUGGCAAAGACAGCCAUAUAUUGGCACAAAAUUCUUCUAAGACACGAUUUGUUAGUCCAAGUGAGGAGAUAUUCGAUCACCUGAAAAAACAAUUGGAGCAGCGACUGUGUGACGGCAAUGGCGAGGCCAUAUAUGAACUCGGACAAGGAGGAGAUGGAACUGAAGACGGCCUAUCAGAAGAAGACAUGGCAGCGUCCAUAGCAACAUUAAAAAGCAUGGCAGAGACUCUGAAUGCAGAUGUGGUGUUGCUACGGGAACGCCAAGUGAACAGCAAGGCAGUCCAAGAGCUUCUCAUCAGGGCAAGAGCAGAAGAGGAGGAUUUUCUAGAAGUCAGAGUUGCUGUUGUCGGUAAUGUUGAUGCUGGUAAGAGCACUCUCCUCGGCGUCCUCACCCACGGGGAGCUAGACAAUGGUAGAGGAUUGGCACGACAGCGGCUGUUCCGGCACAAACACGAGAUGGAGUCAGGACGGACCAGCAGUGUGGGCAAUGACAUCCUUGGCUUUGAUAGCCAAGGACAAGUUGUAAACAAGCCAGAUUCUCACGGUGGUAAUUUGGAUUGGGUUCGAAUCUGCGAAGAAUCUUCUAAAGUGAUUACUUUCAUAGAUUUAGCUGGACAUGAGAAAUACUUGAAAACUACUGUUUUUGGAAUGACCGGGCAUGUACCUGACUUUGGCAUGCUGAUGAUUGGAAGCAAUGCUGGUAUUAUAGGAAUGACCAAAGAGCAUCUUGGGCUAGCAUUAGCGUUGAAUGUUCCCAUUUUUGUUGUAGUAACCAAGAUUGAUAUGUGCCCUCCUAAUGUCCUCCAAGAUACCUUAAAAUUGCUGCUAAGAAUUCUCAAAUCUCCCGGGUGCAGGAAAAUACCAGUGCUAGUUAACAGUCAAGAUGAUGUCGUCACAUCUGCAACCAACUUUAGCUCAGAAAGAGUUUGUCCAAUCUUCCAAGUGUCAAAUGUUACUGGUGAGAAUCUGGAUUAUCUGAAGAUGUUCCUGAACCUCCUGACAACUAGAAUGAAAUGCGAUGAGAGUGAUCCAGCUGAGUUCCAAAUAGAUGACACUUACUCUGUUCCAGGUGUUGGCACUGUGGUCUCAGGGACAACUUUAAAAGGUGUAAUACGUGUGAAUGAUACAUUACUGCUAGGCCCAGAUCCACUUGGUCAGUUCCAGUCAGUGAUUGUGAAGAGUAUACACCGUAAGAGAAUGCCCGUUAAGGUGGUUAAGGCUGGGCAAACCGCCUCCUUUGCUCUUAAGAAGCAAAUUAAGCGGUCCCAUGUACGUAAAGGAAUGGUGAUGGUCUCACCACGUAUGAAACCUGAGGCAUGCUGGGAAUUUGAGGGUGAAAUUCUCGUCCUGCAUCAUCCAACAACGAUUAGUGCACGGUAUCAAGCUAUGGUACAUUGUGGGAGUAUACGGCAAACUGCUUCAAUAAUUUACAUGAACAAGGAACAUUUAAGAACAGGUGAUAAGGCCAUUGUUCAUUUCCGCUUCAUAAAGAACCCAGAGUUUAUUCAUGCGGACACUAGAAUGGUUUUCAGGGAAGGAAAGACCAAAGCUGUUGGUAGGAUAGUAAAAGUGUUCCCCCAUCUGCCGCCAAUGGAGCAGAAACAGAAACAAAAGGCCGGGCGAGGUCGAGGUCACCACAAUCACCAUCACCAUGGUACCCGCGGACAAGGAUCUAGUCAAAACGUCAGUGAUGGAUUGCCAUUAGGACAGACCAGUCCACAAUACUAUGCUCCAACUUACAGAGGGCAAGGUAGACGAGGAGGUGGAAGGCGAAGCAGGAAUCGUAAGGCCAAAGAUUCUCAAGAAGAAAGUGUUGGCCAGGAUGUAGGCCCACAUCAGUCAAGCAUUGCAGCGCCAACGUCAUAAAAUAUUUUUGGACUUUUAAAAAAGAAAAGUUGAGCAAUUUUUUGAACUUGUAAAAGCUAACAUUUGUGGAAAAAUCUCAAUUUUCGGAUGGAAACAUGAGAUUUUCAACAUUUUUAUAUCAAGUUGUUGGUAUUUGAUUAUUGUGGUGUGAACUGUCCAUUACAGAAAUGGAAGAUGUUUGUUGAACUUUCUGUGUUGAGAAUCUGCAAUCAGUAUUAGGAUUAAAAUUAAUAUAAUACUUACAUUCGUUGAAACUUCGAUGUUUUUCCCGUUUUUUUUAUAUUAUGGUUUAAACAUGUUUUAAAUUAAAGUAACAUUUUGACACUUAUCUUCAGGUUUUAGAUUUGUUAAAACUCUUUUGUUUUUGUUUAAGACAGGCAAUAAAUGUUGGUAGCUGUAAUUGGUUGAACAGGUGUUGGUUGCCAGGCAAUAAAUGUUGGUAGCUGUAAUUGGUUGAACAGGUGUUGGUUGCCAGGCAAUAAAUGUUGGUAGCUGUAAUUGGUUGAACAGGUGUUGGUUGCCUGUGCUCUUGGCAGAUUGGGCUUGAGGAUAAGUUUUACUUAAUUGGAACUUCUGUAAACUUAAUUUUUUUAGUGUCUCCAUAGUUUUAUUCACCAUUUGUUCUACUAACAUGAACGACAAGUUUUACCAUUUAUUUAUAAUGAAUAUUAUAAUUAUUUGAUUGCGAUUUUAUAUUAAUGACCAUAAUUAAAAUUGUGUACAUUUCAUGAAAUUUAACAAAAAUAAAUGAUUAUUAAAUUUAUUCUGCAAGCAUUUUUUUUUCAUUGAUUUGUAAUCAAACUAUAAAUUUUACUCUAUCCUUGUGUCUAUAAAAACUGUCAUUCAUUCAUUUUUAUACACAUCAGCCAAUGGCGGGUGGGGUGGUAGAAAACAUACAGCAUUUGUUAUAGUGAAAAUUGUACUUUGCUAAUGAAUAUUCAUAGAUUGUCUACAAUAAUUGUGCUUCUGGAUGAUUAGGUUGACAAGUUAUAUCUGCCAUAUUAAUAUAAAUCUGGAUGUACAGUAUUAUAAGCCAAGUAUGGACAGUGACUAUCAUAUCUGCAUGUCUGUUAUGAAUAUUCAUAACAUAUAUUUAAAUGUUUAACACAUGCUUUUUAACCCUAAUUAAAUAUUCAAAACAUGUCUACUUGAAUAUUCUCAUGUCUCAUUGCAUUUAAUUUCCUACACAUUGUGUUGCAUUUCACAUUUAUAAUAUGUUUUAUUAACUAUUCAUGUUUAUAAUACACCUUAAUAGAUCUUUGUCAUUUGAUGGAUUUCACUCAUUGUGGAAAUUUAGUUCCACUGUGCAUUUGUAGUUCCAUCCCUGUAUUUUUUUAUCCAUCUGUUUUGUUCCAUUGCACGCCUCAACCCAAUGCAAUCUUUUCAUUUGUUCAAAAGAUGCUGGACUCUUCCAUUCCGAAAAAAGUUAGAUAUUUUUCAUAAAAUAUCAAAUUACAAGAAUCUGUUUUAGGUGUGUUAUAAAUUCAGUCGAUGGAAAGAAUAUUUUUUUUAAUGAUUUCAUACAUUACAAAUUCUUGACUACCUUAUGAAUAUUUAUUUGUUAAUACAAAGCUAGUUGAAUAUUCAUGAGAAAUUAUAUUGUUCAUAUGAAGUGCCACUGGGCAUCUCAUUGACCAUGAAUAUUCUUGUUACCCCAGUAGGUUCCUAUCGUGUGUGUGGAUUUAUUUUUGUACACAAGAUUUUGGUAUAUAAUGUGUUAACACAAUAAGUGCUAACAAAUCAAAGAUAUAUUGUCAUCUAUUAAUGUUUUGAUCUUAUAAUAAUAUUUGGUAUUUUGACACACGUUUGAAUACACAUUUUAAAACAAUUUAAACUGUACAGCUAAUGUUAAUAGACCUGAUACAAUUAAAAUUUAAAUGCUGUGAAAUGUAUUUGUCAUGUGUUAUUAUAUUAUAUGAAUGUAACUUGCAAUAAAAUUGACAAUUUUGUACAUUUCUGUGAUAUAGAGAGGGUGCUCUUCAAUUUUAACAUCUUUGCAAGAGGGCGCACUGUAUUGUUACUUUACUAUCUUUUAAUCUCAUACUGAGUUGAAAAUAACCACGGAAAGAUUCAAUCUCAAUAUAUUUGGUAUCAUACGAUAGUUAAUACAAAAAAUACUAAGCUAACAACAUUUUCGUCUUAUACGUUCUCAAAAACUGACCACAUACAAAAUAAAACACCUAUAAAGAUUUCAGACAUCCAUUUUGUAUUUCGUAGUAUAACAGUAUGUCAAAGGAUUUAUUGGUAUCUUGUGUAUUAAGUGCAAAAUUUGACCCAAAAAAAAAAA